AAGGUGAUAAGUUUUGUGUAAAUACAAAGACUUGAAAUUCGUUAAGAUAAAAGUGUAACAAGACGAUAAUACAAGGAUAAGAUAUGGAGGCUGAAUCUAGUAGUUCUGGACAUCGACGACAGAAACGUCCACGACAAAAGAGAUCAUCGGAUGUGAUCAGUUAUGAGAGCAGCGUUGCAAAUCUGUCAAGAGAAGGGAAAGAGACGUUGAUGAUUGUGAGUCGCAGAAGACAAUUGAAUAAAAUCCCCAAUACGUCUUCUACUGUGUUUGAUAAUACAUGUCCUCGUUACAACUGGCUUCGUUCUGGUUGGAUCGCUGAGGAGCGUCUUAAGGUCUAUGACCGACUCUACCGGUAUUUUUAUGAUCCAUUAGGGCAAAUGUAUCAUACUCGUGGAGAAGUGGAUCAAAUCUAUGCAGAUAUUGAAAAAUCGCGCGCAAUAGUCGUCUUCCGAAAGUAAUCUAUUUAGUAGACCUAAUUUGUUGGGAAUUGAUGGUUCUAUUAUGUAAGUGGCUAAAAAUUUCGAAUCCAAAUUAUUUAGAUAAAGAAACAUUUUUUUUUUUUAAUGUGACAAUCAAUCGAGGAUUUUCUU